AUGCGUGUCGUGACCCCCCCCCCCUGCCUUUCUCUCCAGGCAAGGGCCGUGAAUGGUGGCGAAGGGAAGGCAGCUUUCCGUGCUUAUUGCCGGUGCGACAGGAAACCUCGGACGCGAACUCGUCUCGCUCCUCGUCUCGCACCCAAACGUGGAGCGCGUGGUGGCGCUCUCGCGGACGCUGAUCCCCAUCAACCGGUGGCGGUCGCGGUUCCACGCAUUCACUCCGGCAACGCCCUGCGCUGCCUCUCCGUUGUCUCCGUCGACUGGGACAAAAUUGUGGCCGACGCCGCACGCGUGCCCGUCUCGUACGUCCGUGCGGGGGUGUGGAGCGGCGAUGGUGCCCUCCCACAGUUGUUGUAUGCGUGGCGAAAAAUACGCGGCACGGCGACGCGGCUGCACUUCCGUGUCCUACGCGAUCGCGGCGUGGACGGGAACGGCGCAUCGCGGGAAGUAGCGCAGGACUUUCUCGCCGGAGACCCAUGCGACGGAAGGAACGGCACAAGCGGGGAUACCCACACGACCGGCGACGAGGCGCGUGGGCGCAGCACUGGCCUCUUUCCCGCCGCCUUGGGCAGCCCGAGUAGAGCGGGGUACGUGAACACGUCGAUGCUGGGCUCGGCCGCCGGCGCGGAAGCGCAAAAGGAGUUUCUUAACGAACUGAUGCGGACCGCCUUCUAUAAAUUUGUCUUCCGGGGUCACCAUGUCGCGAUUAACUGCCUGGGGUCAUGGAACUUCUUCACGCGGUCCACCGUGGACAUGGUGGAUUACCGGUACGCGAUCGCCUUCGCCAAGAUGGUUCGCAUCUUCAACUGCAUGGUGCACGCGGAGCCCUCAGGGGAGGAGGAAAUGCUCAUGGAUAAGCAGGCACGGAUGCAGGAUAGCGUUCUCUGA